CUGGGUAUCAGCGCUGCAACCUUCUAAUAUAGUUUAACAAAAUUCGUUUAAGGCAAAAUGCAUUCGAAGUUGUUGUGUUUUUCUAUGUUGAUUUACGUUGCCGUGGUUACAGCACAGACGUGUAACAAGCUGAUGGACCGCUUUAAUGUACCUGUCGUCGGGGAGAUUGUUGGACAUUCGCCCAUUCGCGAGAUCAAUAACCAAACAUCUGGGGCCAAAUGUGUUCUUUACUGCCACAUCACAGCAACGUGCGGCACAGUUGAGUAUGAUCAAAGUUCAAAGACUUGCGCUCUGUUUAAUGUAACGAUGACGCCAGGAGACAUACAGUCGGGCAGUAAGAACAUCUGGUACUUGGAAGACCUGCCAGCCGUGUCCCCGUGCAACGCGAAUGCCUGUGCAAGCGGCGAGUUUUGCAUCGCUCAGGCCACUGGUGGAUAUACAUGCGCUCUUUAUUGAUUGAAAGAAACAGAACAGAACUGAACAUUUAUUUAUCAGAAGGUCUUACUCCCAUGUGGCCGGAUAUAGUACAAAAUGGCGACAAAUGGACUAUAUAAACAUUUUUUAUAAAUCGAAAUUACAAGCAAACUACGGACAAGCUAUACUUAGUAAAGUAAUUCUUUUCACUCAUAGAAAUAUACACAUAAAAAUAUACGUUAGGCUAAUAUAAACUAAUUGCUGGAUUUUCAUUAUUUUUUUCUUAAAUUUGAGGAGAGGGGUGAUUUUUUUUCUUUGCUGACUGUUUCACCAUUGAAUAUUUGUCAAUGCUCUUUCUUUUUGCAUAAUGGACCCACUGGCACCGGAAUUUUAAACUCAAUCAUUUUUUUUAAAUAUAAAAAAUCUUAUAAUUCCAAAUUAAAAAUCAUUAUACUAAAAAUGUGAACAAAAUAUUGAAAAAAAAUUAUAUAUAUAUAUAGUACAAAAUGCAUUAUUAUAAAAAAAUAUUGAUUUUUAGUUUGGAAUUAUAAGUUUUGUUUUGAUUUUCAAAAAAAUGAUUGAGUUUAAAAAUCCGGUGCCAGUGAAUGGAUCAUAUAAAUGUUUUUUUCCAGACGAACCAAGAACACGAUCGUAACAAUCCCAAUUUUUACACGUUUGUCAUUAUUUUACAUCGACACCGUAGAUAUUUAUAGACGCCGUUCCCGAACAGUACCUGACCGAUAUGCAAAUACAGAGACCACUUCAACAUUUUUAUUUGAGUAAAAAAAAAUUAAGAGGCGGCCGAAAGAAAACAUCUAGCAAUUAAUUCAUAGCCGCCUUAAAAGAGGAUAAUAUUUUACUUUGGAAGUGUAAAUGUCUUUGCAUUUUUUUUGGUAAUUACAGCAUAGUUUUUAUCACAUCCUACACUUCACUUCCGGUUAAAUAAAACUUUGACAUUUUUUAUCGUAAUUAACAUUCGUAUUUAUGACUUUAUUUAUUACUUAGUUUAAUAUACAAUAAAGACAUAUUGUACGGAAAGUCUCGGGGUUUUUUUUUCACUGGAUUUAAAUGAUAUUUUUUUAAACAAUUUAUAAAAAGGACAUAUUUUAUUUUAUUUCAGUCUCAUCAAUGCACUGGUCAUGAAUAAAAGUACAUUCAACAAACAGUACAUACAAGUGCAUUGCCACUCUAGUAAGAGUUCAAUUUCAUAAUACAACUAAGACACAUAUCAAUACAUCUUUUUACAAAACCUUGCUAAUCCCAUUUAAAAAACUGCUUUAAGACAAUGAAAAAAUGCGGGGAUUUUACCAGCAAAUCGUCCCCUCAGGGCGGGGGUCUUACCCGGGCUUGGCUGGACCAAAAUUCAAAGUCCCCGCUAUUACCUGGACCUUGGGGAUGGGGCGUGGUUACAAUUGACUGGUGCAAAUAAAACAUAAUGAUAAGCACAAAUCAGACAACGCUUCCAAUCAAUCUACUGAUCUAGACAACUAGAUGUUUGCCGUUCGAAGUUUACAAAUUGUAGCAUUAUCGUAAACAUGAUCAUCUCGCCAAUACAAAGAGGAAUAUUUCCGCGUUAUGGUUGAAAUAGCAUUGACUCACGAACUUCUCUCAAUUGUGCAUAUAAUGAUCGUCAAAUAAUCCCACGAAUAAUCACUUUCUUAAAGAUAAGACGUCUACAGGAAAGAACGAUUAGUGUAUACUCGAAUAAUAAGUAAAAAUAAAAAAUAAAAAUAAAUAAAUAAAUAUAAUAAAAAUAAGUACCGUUGUGUGUGUGUUUUUUCUUGUUCUGUGACAUUUAAUGAUUGUUUUCUUAUAACAAUUUGAUCACUCUAAUAAGAUAUAAAAUAUUUUCUUCCCAUUUUACUCAAUAAAAAUAAUUCUGUACUUUCUGACUUCGUUUUUGCUAUAGUAGCUUCCCCUGAGAGGAAGUAAACAUGUCUGUAUGAAUUUACUAUACUUAUAUCGAUAUCAAUAGUUAAACUUAAAGGGACAUAACCAUGUUCUG